UAUAAUAUUUCGUACUAACAAUACAAUGUUAUGUAAAUAAAAAUUUACAUAAAUUGAUUAUUAGAAUGAGACAUCAAGAGUGACGGGUUAUUCCGUGCCAUGUAAUUCUUUCACAAGCAACCAGAGUCUUUCAGGUUUCAUCAUUUGUUGCUUUGCUCAGCCAACCACUGAAAAUUGGUUGAAUUGGAGUGUGAUUCAACUUCACAAUCCCAGAACUUUGGUUAACAUACACUAGGAUGAAAGCACUGGGAUAUCCUCAGCUUCCACGUGUGAACCUGCUAAUGGUCCACUUGGCAUUCCCUGGUUGCUUCUCCGAAAAGAAAACAUUGGCCGUUUCCUUCGCGCUUAGCUUUUUUAGGCACGCUCCCUACAAAUUGGAAACCGGUGGCUUGUGUUUCUGUCCCUUGUUUAGAGAGAGAGAGAGGCAUGUCCUUUGCAGCAAUUCAGAUAAAAAGACAAGUAAAAAAAAGAUCACUUUUUUUCUUAUUUUGUUGACGUUGUUGUUGUUUCUGCAUAAUUUUCAGGAGAUUUUGAUCGAAAAAGAUAACCCAGAAGGAAAUUAUAACAACCCUUUUUAGAAUUAUAAAUACUUUUGUAUCUGAAUUGGGUUUUCCAGCUGAAUCCGAAUUCGGAGGGAAAAACGUAGAAACCAACAGAGAGAGAGAGAAAGGGGGAGAGGUUUGAACUUUAAACACAGAUCCUAGCAUUUGAGGCUGGAUUUUGAUUUGGGUUACCUUUAAAAGGGGAAACAAGAUUUGGGUAUUGAUCAGAGAGGAGGAUAGGGCGGUGGAAAUUGGAAUUUGAGGUGUUUGGUGACUGGGAAAAUGGAUUUCUUGCCAGAGUUUCUUGUGAGCAGUUGGGGAAGAGAGUUUGUGGCAGGAGGGGUUGGAGGGAUGGCUGGUGUGGUCUCUGGUUACCCCCUCGACACUCUCCGGGUCUUGCAACAGAGUUCGCCUUCGGGCUCGGCCUUCAGCAUCCUCCGUAAUGUGGUCUGCGCUGAAGGCCCAAUUGCCCUCUACAGAGGCAUGGCUGCUCCCAUGGCAGCUGUCACCUUCCAGAAUGCCAUGGUUUUCCAGGUAUACGCUAUCCUCUCCCGAACCUGCGAUCCUUCUGUUUCCGCCAAAGACCCUCCUUCGUACAAAGGUGUUGCUCUAGGAGGAUUUGGCACAGGUGCUAUACAGAGCCUACUACUCAGUCCCGUAGAACUUGUAAAAAUCCGACUUCAACUCCAACGUGAUGCAAAAUCAAAACCCCAUCAGCUGCAAUCUCACAACGGCCCUAUAGAUGUUGCCAAAAGCAUAAUGAGAGCAGAAGGCUUAAGGGGAAUAUAUAGAGGACUUUUUAUUACUGUCCUUAGGGAAGCGCCGUCUUAUGGCUUAUACUUCUGGACUUACGAGUACAUAAGAGAGAAGCUUCACCCGGGCUGCAGAAAGACCGGCGAAGAGAGCUUGCAAACAAUGCUGGUGGCAGGAGGGCUAGCGGGAGUUGCCAGCUGGAUUUGUUGUUAUCCCUUAGAUGUUGUGAAAACGAGAUUGCAGGCUCAAGCUCCAUCUCAGUACCUUCCACCGAGAUAUUCCGGCAUUGCUGAUUGCUUUCGGAAGAGUGUGAGAGAGGAUGGUUAUGGGGUGCUAUGGCGAGGAUUAGGAACUGCGGUUUCUAGAGCAUUUCUGGUGAAUGGGGCAAUUUUUGCUGCUUAUGAGAUUGCCCUAAGGUGCCUAUUCAGCAACAGAAGUGGAGCCAUUCAGACAGAGAAGAUGCAAUCUAGCUAGGGAAGAUUUAUGCCCACCACAAACAUUUAAACAAGACAAGAAAUUUGUAUGAUAGACCAUUAUGAUUGCUGCAUUACUUGAUGUAUUCUGAACUUUUCAAAGAAAAUAAAUGUCAAAUAUGAAAUGUAUGAUUCAGUUUCUGUUGUAAAAUUGAAUAAAAACUAGAAUAUGAUUCUGUUUUA